GGUAGAGUAGCACCGCGUGAUUGGCGGCGCGCCGGCCGAACCAGGCAGGGGUUGAACUUCUCGUGCGUGCAACGAAGUGAACGGGCGGGCAUUUAGCACGCGAUAUCGCGGUCUCGCGACUUCGUGAAUCGGCCGAGGAACGCCGUGAGAAAGAGAGGCACCGAUCAACCGUUCAGCCGGCUCUUUAAACGCAACCGCCGUUUUUUAUACAGACUCUUCUGUUACAUGUACAUUUCCUUGCGUAACGCAAGGUAAUAAAAAAGGUCGAAUCGCGCUGGUAUUUGAAUAACGUCAAGCACGGCCGUAUGAAAGACUUGUAAAGGAACGCGAUUCGACUGACAAUUUGGUUGCCCAAAGGGCAAGGGAAGAAUAAGAAGAGCGAAAAGAAGAAAAGAGCAGCGAGAGGGAGAAGAACGUCGGAGAGAGCCAGUGGAAAGCUGGAAACUUUUUGAUUUCGCUCCUCGUCGCGCCUGAGGAGUCUGUCGUUACCGUGAGAAAGCAGUCUAAAUGUGUUCGAUAGCGAUGCCAGCAGAACUGAUCCUGGGGCAUAGCCCUCCGGUGUACAGUCCUCUGCUGUACAGCCCCUUAGUGGUCACGGCACCUACAAUCACCAGCAGAUCGGUGCCACCCAGAAUCAGGCCAUGCCUUUCCUCAGGAACUUUGUCCCUGGACACACUAAGAAACAACAACGAUGGCAGCGGCAAACAAAAGAAACGGGUGGUCUUUGCUGAUGAUCGCGGCCGCCCACUGACACAAGUUCGCGUAAUGUCGGAGCCUAGUAACGUACCACCACUAUGGAGCACGGCUUACGUUGCCGGUUUAACCGGUGGUUUGCUUGGAUCAUCGAAGGAUCAAGAACAGGAGACAGCGCAGGACACAACGCCGCCGUGGCAGGUGACUUUUCCGCAACCGGCGAGCGACUAUCUCGCCUUCCGGCGCAUGCUUGAUCAGAAUAGUGUCAGCCUGGAAAAUGUGAUAGUGCGUGAAUCCGAGCAGUGCCUGGUCGGCACAGUGAAGGUCCGAAAUUUGGCAUACGACAAGGAGGUCGUCGUGAGGGCCAGCAGCGAUUGCUGGUCUACCCACGAGGACGUGUAUUGCACUUACGUGGAACAACCAGGGUCGCCGGGUCCCCUCAUCCUCUAUGACACUUUCCGUUUCCGGCUCACCUUGCCAGUGGCAUCGGAUGUUAUCGAGUUUUGCGUGCGUUAUCGCACCGACGGCAAAGAAUCGUGGGACAAUAAUGAGGGCAAGAACUAUCUAAUUCGCAAAAAGCAAGAGCCCCGAGUAUCAACCAAACGGUAUGAUAACACGACGACAACCUGUGACAGGUUUUCCAACGCCAACGGGAAGGAUAGCAGCAUGUCGCGUGCCGCGGAAGCCACAAGGAUGAGCAUGCGUACCUGGAGUGAAUUUGCGUCCUGGCAUCACCUAGCCAACGACGCGCCCUACUGGUGAAUCCUCUGGCGAGAGGAGGCUGUGCCCCCUCAUCUCACCUACGGAUCAUGUACGAAGCAGUACGGGUUCCUCCAAUUAUUCCUCUGGCCGAUCCGGCCAAUCGCCGAGACGUAGAUCAUGCGGGACCAUGAGCUAUAGGUAUCUCGCGGCAUACGAAUCAUCGGGAAUAAGGGAACGAAGAAGAGCGUGAAGACGAGGGAAGAGAAGCUGUGCGACGAUCCGAAUAUUGCGAACGAGGAAACAAGAAUGCGCGCGCGGGAGAAAAACAAUCGGAGGAUGAUAGCGAGCAACGGAGCGGACGACACAAGCGUGGAUAACGCAAUCUGUACGGUCUCUGCAUCCGUAAUAGUACAACCAGAUCACACCGAGGUCAUCCAACGUCCGCUUCAAGCUCAGCGUCAACACACAAUCAUGUUCAUUAGCGUGGACAUCGUCGCACGUUAUCUUCUCGAACGUCCUCUUCUUCCUUCUUCACUUCCUCAUUCCUGGGAUUUUCGGUCCGCCUCUGGAUCCACAAGGAAGUCCGUCGGAAUUAAUUCCAUUCUUGAGUCAAUACAAUCUCGCUGGUCUCGUCAUAUCGGCCAAUACUGUAGCACUGUAAGCUUCCUCCAUUUCUACCCUUGUACGCUUCUCCCUUUCUAUUUCUUUUCUCUCUUCUAUUUCUUCUGUUCCGGCACUCUUAACACGAUCCUCUUUAUGUGACACAGACUCGACCCGACGUGUCAACUAUAUGUUUAUGACUAUAACAAGAGACAAGAGAUGCGUGUGUAUAGCGAACGGUUGCGAGACACAUUACUUACACCGGACUAUACGUGACGUGUCCUGGGAUAUAAAUUAUAAACGUUUGUCUCGUGAUAUCAUGUGUGUGUAAUGCGUCAUCCAAAUGGUACAAAUGCCCAAAGAAAUCCACAUCUUCGAUUUUUCAAAUGAUAUUUUUUGAGCAUUCUUCAAGCCUUUUCUGGAGUAUUGUGUUACUCGGGUGACGCUUAGUCCUCUUGUCGUCGAACGUUGAGGUGUUAUAUCGUUGAUUCCCGGCUGCGAAUGUUUCCGUGAUAGAAAGCAUUUUGCAGUGAGUGUCAUCGGCGGAAAAUGAUGAAAGUGUAAACUCGCAGGCAACUUUUAUAACUCUAACUGGUGCUAAUAGCCGUUUCUCUUGCAACUCUCCUUCAAUACUUGGCGAAUGGCGAAUAGUAAUCGCGCACAAUGAACUAUAAGUUUUACUGAUUAUCGGAUGUACUGCGGGAACCGCGAGAAGGAUGGUAUGUUAAAUAGAAAAUCUUCGAAAGAAAAUUGUAAGAUUAGAUGGAAGAUAUUUUUUUAUACGAAUGGCUUAUUGGCCUUUAUAUAUUGGAUGUGCAGCGCAGUGCCUGAAUAAUAUAAGACGCUUAGAUAUAUCACCAAAAGACUUAAGAUUGACUGUCUUUAUAACGUGAAUUUUCUUGAGGAUCGUUAUUUAAGGAUUCAUUUGCUGUAAAUAUUUCACGUAUCUCCAUUUAUUGUGCAUGACAGUCUUACCUGAAUUUAUAGCUAGCUAAUAAGCCGUAUUUUAUUUCGCGAUUCAAUAGCGCGUGUGGUGAUAACAUUAUGUGCAGUUCCUACGGUACAUCCACAAAAAUAUGCCCGAUUUGAAUACAGACUUGGGCAAAUGGUUGCAUUAAAUUAAAUUCCACUGAUGACUUAUUCAAUUCAAGCGUACAAUAAUUGCGCAACUGAAGUACGAAAAAUGAACUUGGUAUUAUCAAGAUUCGGUCCAAAGUGGAGAUAGAGUGGCUCAUUAGUGCAGCUUGGUAGAUUAGAAGUGUCUAGUUUGUAUUAUAGAAGGAGAGGUAACAUUUUUCGUGGAGCAAGAGACACACUUAAGUGUUAAGUGCCUUUUAAAUCGAUGCAACGUACAUUAUCACGUUGUUCUGAAAACUCGGAGCAGCACAUCGAAAGAAUAAUCGAUUUUAUAUACCUUGUAAGAUAUUAAACUACUCUUAAUCGUUAACGCAACUAUGUACUCCCGUCGGCUUUCAGUUCUCGUAGAUUCAGUUUCGGCAGAUUUACAAUAUAUUUUAUAUAUAUAUAUACAUAUACAAAGUUGGAUAUACAUCCGUAUAUGUAUGUAUGUACACACUCACGCGCGUGCACGUUUCGCGUGUAUCGCACUAUUUGCUCGAAUCAGCGCGUGUUUUACCUAAUAAUAGUCAUUAGUAGCAGCACAAUUAUAUAUCGCACGUUAUACCAAUACACUGAAAUACCAAGACACCGAAGCGCGCACAGUACCGAUUAAUAAUCUAUAAACACUUGCAAAAAGGUGACGAAACUUUUGAAGUAAAGAAGAUACGAGCCAAGAAUCUUCAUGUGAUAAAUAUUUUCUUCUCCUAUAAUAUAAUUGUUUUUGUUUUCUUAUGUAAAUUUGAAGAACCGGCUCGUAUUAUAUUGUUGAUUGUUGAAACACUUUUGUCAAUUUUUGUCAAGUGCUUAUGAAUUAGGGGUUGUUCCGUAUGAUUUUAAAGACUCGCAUAAGACUCGAAAUAGCAAUGACAGAAUGAACGCUUAUGAGCGCAUGAAUUUUCUGAAUGUGAUUUUUUUCUGGCUUCCGUCAAUUCUUACAGUUCUCGUUUUAUAUCUGACAAGUUUCUACGUAACGAAUCUCUCUCGCAGAGAAUUGAUUCUUACUAGAAAUUACUUCUGACAUUCGUCCAACGCUUUGAAAUUGAUACCAUUUGAUAAUCUUGUUCCUUCGUGCUUCUCGUCGAACUUGAUGCCAUGUCUCGCGUGCAGCUGGCUCGCGCGAAAUACAAUGUAGGCGCAUCCAAACAAUGUGCUCCGCCCCUGCGUUCUUAAAUGAAAGCAACAUUCAAAUGCUCGAGCGAUCUGAGUUUUGCUUUCAGGAACGAUGGAGCGACCGGAGGCGGCUUUCGCGCAGCGAAUGAGAGGGUACUUUGAGUUAUUAGAACUGCGUGCCGGAAGGAACGCUGUCGAGACGACCGCAAGAGACGACAGAGUCUAACUAGUGAUUUGUAGACGCCAUUGUACGUUGUCCGCAUCGGGGUUCGAUAGCUACGCCGUAAACGGACUGCUUUCUCUGCUCGUAGGGAUCCUUCGACCUAUUCCUCAAAGUGGAUAACUACGGAGUUUCAUUCUCGCGUUACGCUUUCACAACAAGGUAGUUUUCGAUAGCGAAUUUUCCGGUCAGUAGUGAUUUAGCUUUCAUUUAGAUUCACCUUUUGGCUUCAGUUUCUUCUUUAAAUUGUAGAUAUUUUAUCAUUCAAAAUGGAUGCAAAUGGAAAUGGAUAAUGGCAUGAAUGAACUGAUAUUACUUUCUUUACUCAUCUUGCCUCAUACUAUCUUUUUUUCUUUUCGUACAUUACUUCUUUCUUCUGUCCUGUCAUAUUAUCUUCUUUUAUUUUCUUCGAGGAUUUUGACUCUCUUAUUUAAAUAUAUUUUUGGCUGUUAUUCUGCAAUCCGUUGUCUCGAAAACUGAAGUUUCUAGUUACGUUAUUAAAUAUUUUUGAGGUAAUAAUUUUAUUACUACUUGGCUUUUGUCCAAUAAAGCUGACAAUCCUCCACUUUUUGUUGCACACUUACUCACAUUUCGAUAUAAUCUAACAAUAAGAGUGAAAAUCUCUCGUAUAUGUAUGGAUGUACCGGGACCGCGUGAGAUGAUUACCUAGUCCUGUCGUGAGGAAGCUAAUUUGCGUACCGGUACUGCUGCUCUAGGUCGAGUCUGUUCAGAGAGUAGUGUUUGUCGAGUACUAAGCCGCUAAUCAACACAGCGAAGUCCGCGCUUACACGUGUUGUACAUACAUGUAUGCGUGUAGCUUCCUUUCGAGAGCCGUAAGACUGAUAACUUAAACCACGUACAUAAUGUAAAUAGCAAACGUAUUCAUUAAUUUUUAACGUGUUUGUUGAAAGUUUAAGGAUCUUAUUAUCACUGGACGAUUAUCGAGAAUUUUUCCUAAUAUUGUUUCCAUAGACGUUUUUUUUAGUGUGUACGAUUUUGUUCUCUUUUCCAUAGUCCUCUACUUCGUAUGAUAUUUAAUAAUUUUAUGAAUAUCCUUACGUGUAUACUAGAUAUAACACUUAACGCUUAUCCGAGUCGUGGGUCAAAUAUUAUCCUACUUUUACAGCGUAACGUUAUAAUGUGAUUACUGUACACAUAUUAUUAUCAUUGUUGAUUGUUAUUGAUUGAAGAUGUAUUUUCUGUACGAAAUGUGUAUAAGCUGUAGAUUUUUUUAUAUUGGAUUAUACGUGUAUACAUAUAUCUGGGUAUUGAAUUGUAAAUAUCAAUGAAUGAUUGCUUUUUUGCAAUUGCAAUAAACUUUACAAUAAGAAUUAU